AUGCUGAGCUAUUCAAACUUGAGUACUGCUACUACUUUCAUAGACUCACUCAGACCUCCAUUCGAAUCAGUCAUAGAAUAUCAAAUACCCGAUACCAUUCAAUCUACUUCAACUACUUCAACAACAACAACACCAUCAUCGUCAUCAUCGUCAUUCCAAUCGUCGCAUUCAUCUCAAUCUAUUACUCACUUUCCUUCAAACACUUCAAAUGGUUUCAUAAAAGCUUCAGUUUUAAACGAUGGUUAUUCUUUAGAAUUAAGAUGGUUAAGUUCAAUCAAAUUAUCAUCGACCUCAAAACACGAUCAAGAAGACGAAGCAGAAGAAGAAGAUACAGAAGAUGACGAAGAUGAAAGUCUGUCCGCUUUAGAUAGAUCAGGUUGUCAUCCACCAGUUCAAUUCAGAUUUCGUGAUAAAAUCAUUCCAACACCUUAUCUUACAACAGAUCCAAACGAUAAUAGUUUAAUCAUUUUAGUUCUAACUGAAGCAUCAAUUCUAUAUCGAUUAAAAUUCACGGCACCUCAUUUGUUUUAUGCUGAAUUAUUUGAAGAAGAUUGGUCAUCUGAUAUAGAAGUAGAAGCCAUUAUAAAUCGAUUGGUGAUCUUAUAUCAUGGAAUUGAUUCUAAUAAUUUAGUGAUUUCUUGUACAGAUGGAGUUUUAACUCAUCUUUCUUGGGGUAAAUUAGUUGGAAUCGAAGAUCAAUAUGGAUGGAAAUCAAGUAAUCUGACUACAAGGAAUGGAAUCUGGGGUUUAUUACCCACAUGGAAUUCAUCAAAGACGAUCAGUAGUUCAGCACAUGAAUGGGUCGCUACUCCAAGUUCUACAAUCUCAAUUACCAGUCAUGUGACUACAGGUGGAAGUGGUGAAGACGGUUGGAUAUUUACUAUUAGUAGAGAUAGGAAAUUAAGAGUUUGGAGUUUAGCAAGUGGUGAAUGUUUAAGAGAACAUUCGCUAGGAAGCAAAUCGAUAUCAAAUCAACCUACCAUUCAAGAAGAUCGUCGAGAUGUUUCUUUAUUACCUGCUGCACCUAGAGCAUUAGCUAGAUUUGCAUAUUCAGAUGAAGGUGAUGAUCCUACGUAUGAAGGUUUCUUGGUAGUCUUCGUUCCUUCAAUUCAUUCACCAAGUUUUAUCACUUUUGGAAUGUCAAUGACAAGCGAUCAUCGGUUCAGUAAUUUGAUUUUAUUAGAAGAACGGCAUUGUCAAAUCGGAUUUCAAUCAAUUCCAAAUCAAUCUACCAGUGAAUUACGCGACUUUCGAAUCUCACGCGUUGAUCUUUCUCAUCAAUCUUCUACUUCACCUUCACAAAAACCUUUAGGACUGUGGACUGUUUGGGAUGAUGAAGUAGGUGGUGAAGGGAUCAUAAGAUAUGCUCUUUUACAUGAAACUAGAAGUUGGAAAGAAUUACCUAGAACAGAUUGGAUGACGAUUCUUCCACCUGAUCGAGCUACUCCUUGGAAUUCAACUUAUUUUGAUGAGUUGAUUACUGAUCAUUCUAACUUGAGUGUAUCUGAAGUUUUCAUUGAUCAUCUUUUCAAACCGGGUCAUUAUUCUCCUUCUACACUCGAACAUGCUCUUGCUACUUAUGAAGAACAAUUAUUGAUGGAAAGAGGUGGUGACAUGAUCGAUUCAACCAAUGAUUUCGAAAGUCUUGAAGAAAAGAUUUGCGCGAUCGUGGGUUCAAAUGUGUCUUUAGAAAUCUCUAGUAUCACUGGAUCGCCCAUGAUGGAUGUCUUUCACAGAAAGCUAAGGAUCGAAUGGUUAAAGUUUGCGGCUAUGUGUUCUGAGAGUCGAGCAUCUGCACUUUGGCCUAUCGAGCUUGCCGUGGAUUCAGAUCGACAAAUGGUCUUGGUCUUUGGUCGACGUUCGAUUACUGCACCUGUCUUGAUCGAUACAACCACCUUGAUGCUUCAAAUUGCCAAGGAAGAAGAAGCUAAUUUAAAACCCAUCUUGCUUCGACAACAGAUAUCUGACAUCGAUAAAUUUCAUCCACUUCUUAGUAAUCUUAACAACCGAAUUGAUCUUAUCAACCUUAUUAAUACUACCAAAACACUUUUAUCGGGGAUCUCAUCGUUGGAUGUGGUGAAACCAUUGGAAGAAGAACUCUUACAGACUAUAAGGAGGCCUUCGAAGUUCUCGUUCGUCGAUAUGGCUGAAGAUUUGUUCAGUCGAAGGUUAGAACCAUUUAUUGAAGAUGACUUACAGAUCAGGGUCUCCACACAGCUUAAAUCCAUCAAAGACCUUCCACUGACACUGGAUCUGAUAUGGAACAUUCUCACCACCACGGAAUUAGUUCAAUCUGAAUCGGAUCAAGAUACACCCACAAGUGGUAGAUUAGCAACUCCUACAAUCUUAAGUCAAAUGUUAUUAACCGAUUUAUUGAUGAAUUCGAUCGAAACUCGAUAUCAAGUCACCAAGAAUGUAGUGAUCUUUUUACUCUACGUUUAUGGAGAAGAAGAAAUCGAACAAUACUUUGAAGAUUUUAAUUCGAUUUUGUCUAAAUUUAUUUUUACAUUUCAUCAAGUGAUGAUCUUAAGAUGGAUCAAUCAACAAUCAUCUAAGAUUUCAUCUGAACUCGCAUUAGAAAUUGAAGAUCAUUUAGUCAAUAAAUUAACUAGUUUACAUGUUAGUCCUAAUUUAGAGAUUGGUGGAUUUGAAAACUUAGAACCUGCUUCUUCGAUUUGUUUAAUCAGUUCACUUUUGUUAACUAAGUUCUUACCUGAAGUUUCGGUAGAUACAUGUCUUUCGAUUUCAUUAACUCAAUCAGCUUCAAGUUUUUUAAAUCAAACUGGACUUUUAACUAAUCUUGAAAAUCUUAGUAAUGAAUCAUUAGAGAAAUUUAAAAUGAUUCAUACGUUUCCUAAAAAUGUUCAAUUGAUCGAUUUCUUAAUUAAAGUAGGACUUCAUACAUUAUCUUUAGAACUUAUUGAACUUUAUCCUGAUUUAGGUGCUGGAAUGUGGUUUUUGAAAGGUUUGGGUUUAUUAGAAUUAGGUCAGAUUGAAGAUGCUGAAAGUUGUUUUGUUAAAGCUAGUUCUGCUAUUUAUGACCCGAAUUUUCAAUUGGAUGAUCAAAGUGGUCUUGUUCGAAUCCUACCCACCGAAGCUGGUCAAAAUUUAAGAUCCUAUUAUGAAUAUAUAGUCUCGAUCCUUGAACCAUUUGGUGUAGAUUUAGCCAUUACUAGGUUUUGUCAACUUGCAUUAAAUUGUACUGAUGAUGAUGACGAAGAAGAGGAAGACAGCAACGAAGAGCAAGAAAGAAGGUCCGUAGAAUUAUGGAAUAAGAUGUUUAAGGGAUUUGUGAAUUUAAGAAUGUGGGAAGAUGCUUAUCAGGCUUUAGUAUCGGUUCCAUCUACUGAAGUGAAACAUAACUGUUUAAGAACUUUGGUAUCGAGUAUGUGUGAAGCGAAUGAAGUAGACCAGUUAUUGAGGUUUUCAUUCUUGGGACUUCAAAAUGAAUUUGAAAGGACGAUCUCGUUCAGAGCUAGGAACUCGGAUCCUAUGUCAACACCUAAUUAUUAUCAAGUUCUAUAUGCGUAUCAUAUUACCAAAGGAGAUUGCCGUAGUGCUGGCAUGGCAAUGUAUCAACACGGUAAACGGGUUGGCGAAGUGACCAUGAAAGGAGCAGGUGGAGACGCAUACCAGUGCUUAAUGACUCAACAAUGUCAAAGCUAUCUAGCAGCAAUCAAUGCACUUUCCUUAGUUCCAGCUAAACACGCUUGGAUUCCAUUAGCAUGUCCAAAACCACAAAUCGAAGCACCUACAGCGUAUCCAAGUACAUCAACUAUAGAACCGAUUUCGAAACAUACACAUUUACCACGUAAAAGAAGAAGGAUGACAUAUUAUGUACCUGAAAGCGAAUUUAGUAAACAUACAGUUGAUUUAGAAAUCUUAACAUUAAGCGAUUUACGAAAAGAAUAUACAUUAUCUUUAUCUAGAUUAGAAUUAUCAAACCAAUUCAAUCAAGCAAUCUCACCUGAAUUAAUUAAUCCAUCAUAUUUAGAUGAACCGACAUUGAUUCCAAUGUUUAUAAACCAAGGUAAAAUUAAAGAAGGGAUCGAGAAAUCGAUCAAAUUAGGAUCCUCAAAUCUAGUGAUGAUUUUUAAAAGUUUAAGUGAAUCAUGUUGCAGAUUAAGUUUAGAUUUAGAAGAAAUUGAAAUCUUGAAUGGGUUUGAUAGAGAAUGGGUUUUGAAUGAUUCUAAAGCUUAUGAACUUGAAGGCACUUUAAUGAGUAAAGCUUGGUGGUUAUUAAAGUUUUAUUUAGAUAAGUUUGGUGGGAUUGAUGAAAGAUUGGUGGUAUUGGAAUCUAUACUUGAAACUGGGAUUGGAGGGGUUAAAGUUCCGAUUUGGUUGUUGGAUUGGUUUAGAAAUCAACUUGAUCAAUUCGAUCGAUUGGUAGAUUGUUUUUUAAGGUUUGGGUUUGUUGAAGAUGCAUUUACGAUCAUGUUAGAAUACUUAUCGAAACAAAAAUCUAAAAAGAAAGAAGAAAGAAAGAUUUUAUCAAUUGAGAUUAUUGAUAGAUUAUUGAAUGUUGAAAUUGAAGAGAUUCAAGAAAGUUUAUUGGAAGAAAAUCAAUUGAAAGAGUUUCAAAGGUUAUUAAAAGAAACUGUUCUAGAAAUCAUUGUUGAUGGAUCUACUGGUGGUCAUCAAAGACAAUUUAAUGGAUUAAUUGAUAGGUAA